CUGGUGAAUGCUUGUCUCGACGCGAUUUCAGCUCCGGGGCUAGACAUGCUCGAGAACGUAGGUGUAGAACGACCGUUGCGAAUUGAACCGAGCAUGAAGUCAUAUCGGUCUGUAGGGUGGUUGGAAGAGCUCUUUGAUCUGGCGCAGUCUGGCUGCGCUGUUGUUCUGCGGGACAACUUUCUCUCCGAUGGACUAUCUCCGCGUUACCAGCUCCGUCAUACAUUUGCUAUAACAUCAUCACUUGCAGCGUCGCAAUCAUGCGCAGUUAUUCACAGAUUCCAGCGUGCUCAAACGCUUUCUUAAGCAUAGUAGAGUACCAGAAAUGGCUUCUACGUCCACCAUAGCAGCACUCGCGCCGCGUACACCAGACGCAUACACAACCGCCCACCACAUUGGCAAUCCACCAACAUCCUUCAAAAACCCAUGGCCCUCCUACAAACCUAGCGGCAUAGCCACCGCCGUACGCACCCGCUUCACAACACCCAAAAACUUUGUCCCCGUCCCCAGCGACCGCGCCGGCCUCGUCCAAGUCCGCAAGCCCGAUUUCAACACCACCCGCAACGGGCUCAAGGUAACAUGGAUCGGCCACGCAAGUUUCCUACUCGAAACAACCCGUUUAGAAUCUAGCAAAAGAGGCAUACGCCUCCUCGUCGACCCCGUCUGGAGCGAGCGCGUAGGACCCUACGGCAUGGUAGGCCCCGUACGCUUCACACCACCGCCCUGCACCAUCGACGACCUACCACACAUCGACGCCGUAUGCAUAAGCCACGACCACUACGAUCAUCUCGAUGCAGACACACUACGCAAGCUCAACACGAAGCAAAAUGGGGACUUGCGCAUUUUCUGCGGGUUAAACGUCAAACCCGUCAUCAUAGGCCUCGGGGCCGGCAUCACCGCAGACCAAGUCUCAGAGCUGGACUGGUGGAAUGGCGUGACGCUCUCGACGGAAGGAGUAGGAAGCGUAGAUAUAAUCUGCACGCCCGCCCAACACCGCUCAGGUCGCGCGCCCUGGAAUUUCGACGCUACACUUUGGUGCAGCUGGGUACUUCGCGAGGCCUCCUCCUCGAUAACAGGAGCCAAGUCGCUGUUUUUCGCGGGUGACACGGGAUACUGUCACGUCAGUUCUGACGAGCAGUACUCGCACCACGAUGCGCCGCAUCCUCCCUGUCCCGCUUUCAAAGACAUAGGGAACCUGUAUGGUCCCUUUGAUCUCGCCUUAUUACCAGUGGGUUGCUUCAAGCCGCGCUCGGUGCUGUCCGGACAGCAUUCUAGUCCCGAGGAUUCGGUGGCGAUACAUAGGGAUGUGAGGAGUAAGAGGAGUGUGGGUAUGCAUUUUGGAACGUUUAGGGGUGGGUUCUCGGUCAAUUACGAGCCUGUUACUGAGCCGCCGGAGCGCUGGCGGAAAUGUGCAGAGGCUGAGGGGUUGGAGUGGGGGGUGGAGAUUGGGCUGUGUGAUGUUGGGGAGACGGUGGUGGUGGAGUAAGUAUUCGCUGCUUAUAGUGCUGAUGAUUAAUGUGAUAAUGUGACGUUGAUACUUUGGAGUACACUAGUGGUUGAACUCUAAUAACUACCAGUCUAUGAUCAACGAGAAGUUGAAACCCACAAGAAGAAAGUCAAU